AUGGAGGUCCUGCAGCUCCUGCGCCUGCUCCUCACCACGGCCAUGCUGGGUGUCUCCCAGACAGUGAAUCCCUUCGUGGCCCAGCAGACUCCGCCAGACCCUUGCUAUGAUGAGAAUGGCGCUCCUCGCCGCUGCAUCCCUGAAUUCGUCAACGCCGCCUUCGGGAAGGAGGUUCAAGCCUCCAGCACAUGUGGGAAGCCCCCGACGCGGCACUGCAAUGCCUCGGACCCCCGCCGAGCCCACCCACCCUCCUACCUGACUGACCUCAACACAGCCUCCAACAUGACGUGUUGGCGCUCGGAGACUCUCCACCACUCUCCCCAGAACGUCACCCUCACCCUCUCCCUUGGCAAGAAAUUCGGCUACGUCAGCCUCCAGUUCUGCUCGCCCCGGCCCGAGUCCACCGCCAUCCUCAAGUCCAUGGACUACGGCAAGACUUGGGUGCCCUACCAGUACUACUCCUCCCAGUGCCGUAAGAUCUACGGCAAGCCCAGCAAAGCCACUGUCACCAAGCAGAAUGAGCAGGAGGCCCUCUGCACCGACGACCUCUACCCACUCACCGGCGGGCUCAUCGCCUUCAGCACCCUUGAUGGGCGCCCCUCUGCCCAGGACUUUGACAGCAGCCCCGUGCUCCAGGACUGGGUGACGGCCACUGACAUCCGCGUGGUCUUCAGCCGCCCGCAUCUCUUCCGUGACCUGCCUGGUCGGGAUGCUGGAGAGGAGGAGGGGGGCACCGGCUCGACCCCCUAUUACUACGCAGUGGGAGAGCUGCAGGUCGGCGGGCGCUGCAAGUGCAACGGGCACGCAGCACGCUGCGUGAAGGACAAGGAGCAGAAGCUGGUGUGCGACUGCAAGCACAACACGGAGGGUCCUGAGUGUGACCGCUGCAAGCCCUUCCACUACGACCGGCCCUGGCAGCGGGCCAGCGCCCGCGAGGCCAACGAGUGUCUGGCCUGCAACUGCAACUUGCAUGCCCGGCGCUGCCGCUUCAACAUGGAGCUGUAC